GCUUAGUGCAGUCCCAGGCAUAUAGUAAGCACUUAACAGAUUCUAUCGUUGUUAUUACUUUUCUUUGUCGUCCUCAACCUUCUAACCCUGUCUGCCCCUUUUGAGUCUCCCACCCACAUUCCACCCAAGGGCACCAGAGUUGUGGUCACUUCCCUGAGGAAUUCAUCUGCAGAAAAUAUUUUGAUUAUAUUUUAUUUGUUAUUAAGAAUCUCCAAGGGAAAAGCUUUCAAAGUUGCCCAUCUUUUUAGUGUUUCUAGAUUUUGUGACGGUUCAGAAGCACGCAAAGGGGAAAUGUUAUAUUUAAGACCUGUAGUAUUGAUUGCACUCUACUGAAAACACACCCGUAUAAUACAGAUGGAGCAUCAGUUGGCAUUGAGAGCGUCGACCAUUAAGUAGUCCUGUCGAAGUUUACAUCAUAUAAUGUAAAAUAAAUUAAAUAAGAUCAGACAUUGUUAUUACAACCUUAGGAUUUGUUUCAAAGAAGUGGGCGUGAAUAGAAGCAGUAGACUAACCUGAUUCUUCAAAGGAAUAAGUUUGUGUCAGCGACCUACCCAGGGGUGUCUUCAGUCAUUGUCUGGCCUGGGGUGGGGAAACAAUCAGCCUCCUCCUCUCCUAGCUACUCCAUUCUCCGUGACGACACUAGGCUUUGCCACACACGUGCAAGGUGAUCUGUCGAUGUCAUAGAAAACAUUUUGUGGAAGAGUCUUUUUUCUGUCUGCGUUGUGCCAUCUAGAUUGCUUCUGUCCUGUCCUGAGAGAAGGUGUGCGGCCGCCAUCUGUGAGAGAAGAUUGGGCAGCUGCCACCCUUGAGAGGUCCCACCCAUCCGCCCCUGUCUGAGUCGAGUAUAUCACAGAGUAGUUCUUCAUGGAGGAGCACGGAGUGACCCAGACGGAACACAUGGCCACCAUCGAGGCCCAUGCAGUGGCCCAGCAAGUGCAGCAGGUCCACGUGGCCACCUACACCGAGCACGGCAUGCUGAGUGCCGACGAAGAUUCUCCUUCGUCGCCCGAGGACACCUCCUACGAUGAUUCGGACAUCCUCAACUCCACAGCUGCUGACGAGGUGACGGCCCACCUGGCCGCUGCAGGUCCGGUGGGAAUGGCAGCCGCGGCCGCGGUGGCGACAGGGAAGAAACGAAAGCGACCCCAUGUUUUUGAGUCCAAUCCGUCUAUCCGGAAGAGACAGCAGACUCGUCUGCUUCGGGGUCAAGAAGGAAGAUAUCCCCACAGUGUACGACUGAGCAGGAUUGACCGUGUGCCAAGGAAACUCCGAGCAACAUUAGACGAAUACACCACCCGAGUAGGGCAGCAAGCUAUCGUCCUGUGCAUCUCUCCGUCCAAACCCAACCCCGUAUUUAAAGUGUUUGGGGCAGCUCCACUGGAGAACGUGGUACGCAAGUACAAGAGCAUGAUCCUGGAAGACCUGGAAUCAGCUUUGGCAGAACACGCCCCCGCGCCCCAGGAGGCUAACUCAGAGCUGCCGCCUCUCACCAUAGACGGAAUUCCCGUCUCUGUAGACAAGAUGACCCAGGCUCAGCUCCGGGCCUUCAUCCCAGAGAUGCUGAAAUACUCCACGGGCCGGGGGAAACCCGGCUGGGGGAAGGAGAGCUGUAAACCCAUCUGGUGGCCAGAAGAUAUCCCUUGGGCAAAUGUCCGCAGCGAUGUGCGCUCAGAAGAACAGAAACAGCGGGUGUCAUGGACCCAAGCCCUAAGGACCAUAGUAAAGAACUGCUAUAAGCAGCAUGGACGAGAAGAUCUGUUAUACGCUUUUGAAGAUCAGCAAACACAACAACAGCCAACAGCCACACAUAGUAUAGCCCACCUGGUACCGUCGCAGACUGUAGUACAGACCUUCAGUAACCCUGAUGGCACCGUUUCACUUAUCCAGGUUGGAACAGGCGCCACGGUGGCCACCCUGGCUGAUGCCUCCGAGUUGCCAACCACAGUCACUGUUGCACAAGUGAAUUACUCUGCUGUAUCUGAUGGAGAGGUGGAGCAAAAUUGGGCCACGUUACAAGGGGGCGAGAUGACCAUCCAGACGACGCAGGCCUCAGAAGCUACCCAGGCCGUGGCAUCACUGGCCCAAGCAGCAGUGGCAGCUUCUCAGGAGAUGCAGCAGGGAGCGACUGUCACCAUGGCGCUCAAUAGUGAAGCCGCCGCCCACGCUGUCGCCACGUUGGCCGAAGCCACUCUGCAAGGGGGAGGACAGAUUGUCUUGUCUGGGGAAACUGCAGCAGCCGUGGGAGCACUUACUGGAGUCCAAGAUGCUAAUGGACUGGUGCAGAUCCCAGUCAGCAUGUACCAGACGGUGGUGACCAGCCUCGCCCAGGGAAACGGCCCAGUUCAGGUAGCCAUGGCACCCGUGACCACAAGGAUAUCAGACAACGCCGUGACCAUGGACGGCCAGGCUGUGGAGGUGGUGACAUUGGAACAGUGACGCUGCCCCGGGGUCAUUCUGUCAUUUUCUAUCUCCUCCGAAGAAUUUUUUUACGUGUUUGCAGAGGUGCAAUCAGGCGGCAUUAAGUCUCCCGACUUUGGAAACAAAAGUUUUGUUAACCUUUUUUUUAAAAGGAAAGAAGAGCAGAGGAUUUAUGGAAUUGCAUUUUCAGCAGCACUCUGAUUUCCCGGGAUUUAUUGGGAUUAGGAUGCGGCUUUGUCAAUUUCACUGUCCUGAAAGGCCAAAUUGUGACAGGACUCCAUUCUGCGGAACCAUGUGUAUAUACAUAUAUGUAUGUAUGUGUGUGGGGGUGUGUGUAGACUC